AUGGCCCAAUCCAAGGUCGACUCGCAGUUCAUCCACGAGGUGACAAAGAAAGAAAACGAGCUCACCGGCCAGCCCGACCCGGUCAAGGGUGGGCCCACCGCUCAGGCCCAGAAGCACGUCGGCGAAAAUGUCGACGGUGGUGUCGUCUCGGAUAUCACCAAGGGUGAGGCCAAGGUCACCCAAAUGGGUGACAUCAUCGCUGGAGGACCUGCUGCCUUCGCCGAGAGCGUGGCUGCCAAAGCUGUCGGUAACCAAGCUCAGACCACCUCAUCUACUCAGCAGGAUGUAAAAUCGGGCGUUCUCGACUCACAGACCAUCUCUCGCAUUACGCAUGCGGAGUCUGAGCUUACGGGUCAGACCGAGCCGGUGAAGGGCGGCCCUACCGCUCAGGCGCAGAAGCACACUGGCGAGACCAUCAACUCCCAGAACCUUCACGACAUCACCGAAGGCGAGAAGAAGGUGACUGGUGGUGAACGUGUUAAGGGUGGCCCCACCUCUACGGCUCAGAGUGAGCUCGCCAAGAGUCGCUCCUAG